CGGAUUCUCCCGAGGGCGCCCUAGUGACGAGAGAAACGCCGCGGGGCUUUCCACCCUCGUCCUCGUCCUUGGCUUCGACCUCAGUUCGUUUUCUCACCCGGUGUCAGUCGUGUCAGGGUUUCAUUCUCAGGACUAUGGAAGCUCCACUCUCUCCGUCUCUCUACUUCAAUUCUUUGAAUAUCGAAGAUACUCUCCCGAGUUUCUUCGGGCCCCAGCUGUUGAAUUCCAUCACAUCUCUCACAUCCACGCUCAAUCAGGAUCCAGAUGAAAAACCCCAAUUAGGCCUUCAGGAUGUGAACAACUGCAUAUUCUUGGAUUAUACUAAGCUCAUCUCUCCAUUGACGUUUGAGGGAUCCCCGAAAUUCUUCCCCAAAUUCCCACCCCCGUAUCCACUAUACGACAAAACCCCACGAGAUGUGGCCUCGUUGAUCCAGAAGCGUGAAUAUGGGGAAUUCCACAGCUACAAGGAUGCAGAGAAGAAUCUAGAAAUGGCUAUCAAAUCCCUGCCUAGCCGCCGAGGUUCUUCCGAUGACGAAGGCGGUGGAAUUGCGGAGGGAGGAGGAGGAGAGAACGGAGGGAUAGGAGUCACCUGCAACAUCUGCCUUCACAAUCUCGUGAACACAGUGUUGAUUCGUUGUGGCCAUUUGGGACUUUGUUAUGCAUGUGCUUUGGAGCAGUGGGUCGGUCCUGGACAAGGAUUAUGCCCCUUCUGUCGAGCUCCCAUCUCCCUCAUUCAAAAGAUCACUCCAUUGUAGAUCAUUCUCAUUUCCCGCUGCUCACUAUCGUGUCCGAGUCUCCCCACGUCGUCUUGUGAGCUAUCUUACCUUACCGGUCGGUCCCUCUACUGAACAAUUUUAUUUUAUCUCCUUCCCUCCAAGUCCCAUUCCUCAUUGAAGUGUGUUUCUGAAGUAUUGGAUUUUAUUGUCGUCAGUCCUCGUAUUAUUGUUUUUGAGUGAUUUGAGGUGUCGGGUUUCAAAGCGUUCUCACAUUGGUUUCAUCUAUUCCUGGAUUUUUAUGAAUAAAUGGGUUUUAUCUUUCUCAG